AUGUCAAAAACAACAUGGCGGAGCAGUGUCAUCGACAAUGAUAAUAACCAUCUUCACGAUGAUGAUGAUGAUGAAUCCAUUACAAAACAUCUACAACCCAUCAUAACAUUAUUCAAACAACAAGAACAACAAUCAUUACAUGGUGAAAAACAAACCUCUCCAACAUCCAUCUCAUCAUGUUCUGAAAUAUUCUCAAGAUCCUCCUCCUCCAACAACAAGAAUUCAUUUCGAAAACACAAAUUCCAUCCCAAAAACGUCGACUACUCCCUAUUUCACAUCAUGAUGAAAUGGAUCAUUCCUUCCUUCUUGUUAUAUUUUCAUGUCUUGACUCUGAUAGAACUCUUUCGUUAUUACGAUUCCAACUCAUCGCAUGAUCAUAUCAUCCACCAACAACAACAACAACAACAUCAUUCAACGAAUUCGAACUUUUACCCGAGUCAAGGCUUGUGGAUAAAUCCAUCACAUGUGAAUGAUGAGGACACAUUGGGCAAUACUAGUCAUCAAGUUCACACUCGUAGUCGUCGUCGACACAUGUCAGAGUUCAUGUCAUGGCUGUUAUCAGGUUCCACAUUUGGAACGACAACAAGAACGAUCAACUUUUUUGUAUGGGCUCAUCCAACAACAACAACAACAAGACGACUACCACAACAUCAUGACGUCGACGAUGUAUUUCAUGAACAAUCCGCAUUGGAAAGUUGUACACUUUCAUUGGAACGAUGGACACAAUUAACACAAUUUCACGAUUUCAAAUUUACACCCAAUUUGUAUGGUACGUGGCGUUUGACACAUUCUACGGAAACAGCACCUCCGAGUAGUAUGGGUUCGUAUGUCAAACAAGAUCCCAUGCCAUGUCCAGACAUGAUUGAAUUUACUUCCAUUUCUGUGAGCGCUUCAUUGUAUCGUGAGACAUAUUUUGGUAUUUCCAUUGAAGCUAUUUUCAAUCAAACGAAUUUUAGAACGGAUUUAUGGGCCAUGGUCUUUCAACCUCGUUUUUCGCCAGUGUUUUUUGAAAUGUUUGCUCAUGUACGACCAUCACUCGAAAAUAAUGAAGUUCAAGUAUUGAAUCAAGAAUUAAUUUCCAAUGAGACAUUAAGGGAUGGUUCGUACAAGAUUUUACAAAUGGGUUCUUCACAGAGAAUGCAACCGUUAUUGAUUCGAAAGAAAGUUUUUGGAUUCCAAGUGACGUUUCAAAUGAAACUUGAAUAUUUAUUUAUGACUCGAGAGGUCAAUACGACGAAUGUGAUGAAUGUGACGAGUGACAGUGUACAAGAUUUGUCAGCACUAUCAAACAAACCUUCUCUAAGAACCUUCUUGCUUUCCAAUACGCGUGAAUUACCUAACAAGAUUGAAUCCAAACUUCGCUUCAAAUUACUCUAUUCCAAAUAUCAAGCUCCCUUCACAUAUCCAGUACAAGUGAUGGCUCCUUACGGAACCAAUUCGUUAUUCUUUGAUGGAGUUUUUUCAUUGAACGACGUAGCACAAGAUGAUACUUUAUUACUUCAGAAACGAGUCCCUGUGGCCAAUAAUGCCAUUUCAACCAUCAUUGUCAUUCUGAAUGGAGUCGUAGCAUUGUGCGUGUUGACAUUAUUGAUCUGUUUUAGAAAUACGGAACCGAGAGCUUCACGUGGUUAUUUGCCCUAUGUGAUUUUCAUUCAGGUCUUGAUUAAUUUUGCAAAGGAUUUUGUGCAGUCGUUUUUUGGAGAGGAAUAUUUAUUGAUUGCAUUUGUGUUUGGUACCUUGUCCAUUUUGAGUUUUAGUUAUCUCAUGUACUUGUUGAAUACUUUAUUAUUUUUCUAUAAGAGGAAAGUGUAUCAUGAUGUGUAUCAAAAGAUGAAACGAGAUUCAUUGUUGGAUCAUCAGAAAUCUUCGAAUGCAUCGAGUAUUGAAAAGUUAUUGGCCACAGAACAUGGUGGUAGUUCUACACCUGUCAAUAAUUCUUUGAAUAACAUUAGUCAUGACAACAAGAAAAACACACCAGAUACUUCCAAUAAUGAUGGAAUGAAUCCAAGUAAUGGAAUGGAAACAGCUCAUCCAACAAGAACUGAAGACAAUUCCACACCAAUGAAACAACAAGCAGAAAAUGGAACCAAUUCCAACACUCUCGUGAUGGAAAACGAUUCGGCCGUUCACAAAACAACCUCACAACCACGUGUUUCCAAUCUUAGCAUGAGUGGUGGUAGUCUCGAUUCGGCGGCAGAAAAAUCUGUGACAAGCUUGAAAUGGAUCAAGUCACGAAAAGUUCGAACGGGUAUGACCAUUGGUGUUAUUUUUGUGGUAUUACUCUCUCUGAGUGCCAUCAUUCCAAUUCUAUUGUUGACCAAUGUCAUUAACGUCUUGUUGGCCAUUUAUAUCAUUUUAGGAUUUUUAGUAGCUAUUGGUUCAGUACUUGUGAUUGGAUCUCUCUCAUUGGACAUGAUGUGGAAUUGGAAACGUCUCUUUGAAAAAUGUGAAUGGAAAGCUUACUUUUUCAGAAAUGAUCCACUCUAUUAUCGAAUGGAACUUGUCAUUCAUGUUUUCACAGCUCUUUUUUAUUUGGCAUUGGCCAUUUCACUUCUCAUUCAACGAGAUCGAGUGGAUAAUUUACCAUUAUUGGCUUCACAAACGUAUGGAGGUGUAGUCCCUGUUGCAACUUUUGUUUCAUUACCACUCGAAUGUUUGGCAGUUUUCUUUGAAAUUAUGGCAGCUGGAGGUGGAUUUAUUUGUAUCAUGACCGUGUAUGAGAAAAUUCGAUUGAGUAAUCAAGAUUCGACAAUGACGAGUGAUUUGAUAAGUGUGUACGACACGCCCUCUCAGGCCGAUCCUCAAGAACAAGCUCCAGAAUUUCCAGCAUCGGCACAACUCGAAAAGAAAUCCUCCUCAAUGCCAAAACUUCGAGCCAAUAUGAGUUCUCCCUUAAUGGAAUUGUUAGGUGACGAUUUGUCACGACUUUUCAUUGACGAGAAGGGCUACGAAUUAUUACGAUUAUACUCCAAGAGUGAAUUCUCUAUUGAAAAUGUGGCUUUCAUUAACGAUAUUGAAAAGAUUUAUUCACAACUUUUCUGUGAAAUUGAACGAAAUUCUCUCAAACAACAGAGAAGAGGAAGUGGAGGUAGUACACCAAGUUCCUCAAUGAGACUCAUCAAACCCACUCUCAAACAAAAUCUCCCUCGUGAAACAUUAGACUCCAUUCACAAAACAUUGAGUCACGAUUUUUACGAUCUCUAUGUGAGUGAUCAGGCAAAACUUUCCGUGAAUUUUUCAUUUCAAUCCAAAGUGAUUUUUAACAAGUGGCGACAACAAGGAUUAUGGAGUGACGAAUAUGUCAAAUCGGAUGAUUUCACCAAUGAUAUGGAUUUUAUUGCAUUGGAUGUGGUACGAAAUUUGAGAGAUACUUUUCGAAGAUUUCAACUCACACAAUCGUAUAAGGAUUGGAAAAUUCAAGCUCGAAAACAACAUGCCUUAUUGAGGAGUGCCUUAAAAGCGAAAAAAUCGUCCACAUUGGCUGUUGUUGUUGUUACUGAGGACAAUCAAGGAGGAGGAACCAAUAAUGGAAAUAAUAAUAAUAAUAAUAAUACUAUGAUGAAUCAUAACUCGACUCCAACCAUGGUCGAAUUGGAUUUAGGAGUAGUACCAGAAGAGGAGAAGAGGAAUAGUGGAACAGAUGCAGAAAAUACUCUUGUCGUGUCCUCAAAUGUUGUCUGA